GAGGAGUAGUCCGUGAGAUUAUUGACUAAUCAGAGGAGACCGUUGGGAGGCCCCGCCUCCCAAAACACAGGAGGAAACGCUAUCUAUAUCAAACCUUUCUUCAUAAAGCAAUGGUGAUUCUUAGUUAGCAAAAUCAUUUAUUUUCCUUCUCUGAAGUCUCUGUUCCCAGUUUUCAUUGAUUCCAUACUACACCCCGUGGACGAGAUUUGAUGUUAUUCCACUUUACACUGGCGUCUUGAAAAUGAACAUAGCACGUGUGUUUUAUUCCGUGGCUGUGAUCUGCGCUCUUGUUUACUGUGAAAUUGUUGAAGAUCGAUGGAAACAGUGGUGGGGCUACGACGUAAUUGCAGGUCCAGAGAUGUGGGGCCGGAUGGGCCCCUAUAAGAUGUGUAGCAAUGGUAAACAGCAAUCCCCUAUCGACAUCCACCCAGAUAUGUUACUCUUCGACCCAAACCUCAAACAUGUUAAGGUGGAGUCUGUCCCGGUUAACGGAAGGCUGACGAACACCGGAAAUGAUAUCACCUUGUAUCUUGACCCUGAUUUUAUAAACCACGUGAACGUGAGUCAAGGCCCAUUGUCGUAUGUAUACCACGUGACAGCAUUAAAGUUCCAUUACAGCAAAGUGGAUAUCAACGGAUCUGAACAUCGAAUAGCUGGACGAUCUUUUCCUGCAGAGCUCCAAAUGAUAGGAUACAAUGGCGAUCUUUACGAAAAUAUGUCACGUGCCGAAAAUUCAUCCAAUGGGAUAGUAGUUAUCUCAACGUUUCUAGAGAUAGCACCAGGAAAAACAGACGAGAAUCCGGCGCUAGAUGCAUUGACAAGCAAGUUGGAAGAACUAGCAUGGGAAAGAGGUGCAUACGUUCCGAUAAACGCUUUUUUGGUAGAAGAGUUACUGCCCCUUACUGAACAUUACAUAACAUACGAAGGAUCUAUGACCCAGCCCAGCUGCCAAGAAACCGUCACCUGGAUUAUAUUUAAUAAACCUUCAUACAUUUCAGAAAAACAGCUAAAUGCAUUUCGUGGUGUUUGGAUGGAAUGGCAGAUGAACAAUAUCCGGCCAGCAAUGCCUCUAAAUCACCGUGUGUUGAGGACGAAUAUCAACACCCGCAAACAGUCCGGACUCUGCAGUAUGAAACGAGAUUUAUUUUAUGAUGUUAAUUCAAAUUUUAGGACUUGACGACUGUGGGGCCUACUGAUAACGGGAUUACCGAAAGCCAAAUAAGCACUAUGCAAAUAACCGACAAGAACUGAAAUCCCAUUGGAUAGAAACCUUUCACCGUGGUCACGUGGACAAAAAUAUAGGAUUGAUCGUGUGAGGCACACGUUUAGUAUUUGGUCAAAGUGUCUGCUUGGUCACGUGAUCAUGUUGUCUAUCCGCGCCUUCUUCGUUGUUCACUUAACUAAUUUUGAUAUUUGUACAGAAGUUAAUUGUGACUGAUACUAUCCGUUAUAUAUAUGUGUAUACAGUGUAUGUAGAUACCCACAAACAAUAAAAUUGGAAACGUGUUGGCUCGGAAGUUGAGCAAUGACUUUUCCUGUGAAUGUCAUUAGACUUUUCCUUUACUCUAAAGGAAGAAAGAUUAAUACAGAUGUUCAAAAAAUAUGACCAAUCUUUAUUUGAAACUUUGCUAAAUCCAGGCGAAAAUUAUUGACGAUGCCCAUGGCUGAAUCCAUUGACAAUUGAUGAAUAAUGUCAUUCAUUAUUUUGACUUUAACAUGGAAGUUCUGUGUAUACUAUAAACUAAAAUAAUAGAAAUACAAUCCGAGAGAGGUGUGUUUUGGCAACAAUUACUAAGAGAGAAGUAUCGGUCGUUGAAUUUUGGAACAUUCACGAAUCCAGGAUGGAUAUGUUACUUACAACAAGAUAGCUCCAUGUGACCUAUUUAGAGAUAAAUACAAAAAUCUUGAAGUGUUUCAUUUCAUAUGGAGAUAUUACAUUCCUUUCAUGCAAAAGGAUGUUGGAGCUUAUAGAAAACUAUAUUUUAAAGAUAGCAUAGAAUGCUUUUGCUCGUAAUGCCACUAACGUUAGGGCGUUGCCCUGAAAUAGACUGUUUAUAAUCAGUUUGUAAAGCAAUGAUGAUGAGUAAGGAUGUUUGAAAAUAUUUCACAAGCAUACAAUACUUCAAUUAUAUCGACCCGCAAGGGGAUUUUACAGCGUGUACAGAUUAUGUUUGAAAUUUAUUUCGCUACAGUUAAUACACUGUAGAGCCCUUAUUUGAAUGACAGAAUAACUUGAUGACAAGCGCUUGAUGUUUCGCUUGAAUGUGUAAAAUGUUUUCUUAGUUUUAUUGUCACCUGUGCUUGUCGGUUCUUUCUUUUACAUUUAGAUAUCGUUAAUGGAAUUUCCUUGUUAGCCAUACUAUCUAUAUCCUAGAAAAGCUCGACUGAUUUUCGGGGUCAAUUUUACUCUCGAAAUCAUACCUAUAUAGUGUGGCAGCGCUAUUUAUAUAGGUCUGUUUGACAUUGUGUGCAUGAAUUACCAGUAGUUAGUGUAUUCAAACAUGCAUGUACCUGAGAACAUAGUUAUACAAUGUUGAAAUAUUAGUAGGAAAUGCAAUAUACUGCAAAAGCAAACAUUUCCAUGCGCUGAUUUGUAUGUGGUAUUAGUUGUGUCGUCAAUUAAGUUGAACCCAAUCGCUCAUAUAUACGCAAUCAGAGGAUUGAUUUUAAAAAAAUCCAGCGAAAGAGCAGUCUUCUUUCAAAAUAAGUUUGAAUGAUAGUCUUGACUUACUUGUUAAAGCAGUGAAAUAAAAUCGAAGUCAUUUUGGUAUUUGUUCCGUAAGGCGAUCACAUUCCCUAAGUCCCUCACCAGGGCCCAUGAUUGUCCUUUAUCAACAUAUUCAUACAGCAUAAGUACUGUGAUAAUCUAUUCUGAUAUGAGAAAUGCGACAUGAACUGAUACAAAUAGCGUUACAAAAUGCAUUUUUUUUAUAUAGCCAGUUUUGUCAAUAUAUGAUUCAUAAACCCUGCAAGAACAUAUGACGUUAUCUUUCCGUUGUUAGUUUGUGUAGAUUUCAUCGUCGGUUGAAUAUAUUAUCUGUAUCCUAUAUAUGUUUGCAUAAUGUCAGCUUGAUCAAAAUGAGUUUUCACAAAGCGUUGUACCCAAUACAGACUCAUUUCCAAUCAUAAAAACAUGAUGUAUAAAUAUUUUACGUUUUUAAAUUUCAUUUCUAUAAAAAUAGAUUGCCAUCUAUUUUUGUGUAUGUCUUCCUACAAAAGUGGUCAAAAGUUCAUGCGAAAUUGAAUGUGAAGUGUGAGUUUGUUACGUAGUCAGUGGUAUUAUUUCAUGUAGAGUUGUUGUGAGUAUGGACCAUUAAGCAAAUUCGAAAUUUAUAUGUAGAUAUGGGGGUCGUUAUAUGGGAAUUUAGAACGAUUUUGUAAUAAAUUACACGAAUUGACAUGCAACGUUUCACAGAAAUUACAUUUAUAGCUAUCGUAAAUGCAUAUCAAUGCAGGAAGCAACUUAUUACAAGAGUAUAUUGUAACUCACAUGAUUUAGUUCUUUUGUUCGUGUGAUUGGAAUAGGAAUUCUCUAAUUUAAUAUUUAGAUUGACAAACUCCGAGAACAUUGAGUUUGGCGAGAGUUUACUAUUGUCUGUCUCCGCUCGACGCCAUUGUUUAUAUCAUGGUGGAAUGGUUAAUGAUUCCGCUACCAUGCAAUGUUAAGUGUUAUCAAGUGGUAUUUUCAUGAUUAAACCUAACCACUUCUUGUUUUGUAUUCCGAUUACGCGAUAACAAAAAUAUUCAGUUUGUUUCCCUGUUGAAUGCGAUAAAACCAUAGUAUUGAUUUUUAUCGAAAUGUACAGCGCCUGCAGUUAAACAAUAUAUCUUAAGGAUGACAUUAAAUAUUUUGUAUUAAAUUG